AUGCAGAGGGAGAACUGGACCAUGGUGACUGAGAUCACUCUUACUGGGAUACUCACAACCAGAGCCCUUGGGGGCCUCCUGUUCAUGGUUUUUUUAUUUACCUAUUUGGUGACUGUCCUUGGAAAUGCCCUCAUCAUUACCCUGAUCUUUGCAGAUCACAGGCUUCAAUCGCCCAUGUAUUUCUUCCUCAGCAACCUCUCUUUCAGUGAAAUUCUAACCACAACCUCUGCUGUUCCUAAGAUGUUGGCAGGCUUCCUAUCAGAGAGGAACAGUCUCUCAUUCGGUGAAUGCUUCACCCAGUCUUAUUUCUACUUCCUCUCUGGAUGCACUGAGUUCAUCCUUUUUGCUGUCAUGUCCUACGACCGCUAUGUGGCCAUUUGCAGCCCUCUUCAGUAUCCAGUGAUUAUGAGUGGCUCACUCUGUGUUCGCCUUGUCAUUCUUUCCUGGGUAGGUGGCUUUCUUCUCAUCCUGCCAUCCACCAUCCUUAAGGCAGGGUUGCCGUACUGUGGCCCCAAUGUGAUUGAUCACUUUUUCUGUGACAGUGCCCCCCUCCUCCACUUAGCUAGUGCUGACAUCCAUGUCAUUGAGCUAUUGGACUUCCUCAGCUCCCUUGUCCUGCUCAUCAGCUCCCUUUCCCUCACAGUGGUCUCCUACAUGUACAUCAUCUCCACCAUUCUGAAGAUACCCUCAGGCCAAGGUCAACGCAAAGCCUUUGCCACCUGUGCCUCUCACUUCACUGUGGUGUCCAUGGGCUAUGGGAUCUCCAUCUUUGUCUAUGUCCACCCCUCACAGAAGAGCAGCCUGCACCUCAACAAGAUUCUCUUUAUCCUCUCCAGUGUCAUCACACCACUCCUAAAUCCCUUCAUCUUCAGUCUACGGAAUGAAACCAUGAAAGAUGCACUGAAGGACACCUUGGCCAAGGGCCAUAAAUUCCUUAAGCAGAUGAGUGACAGGAUCUCUGAGAAGCACCCCAAACUUAGAUAUUCUCAGCCUUACAGAGGAUGA